AUGGCAGAUUAUGACUUCAAACUAGCUAAUGAUACUGCAAGCUCCGAUUCUAUAGAUGAAGUCAUCAGCGCAUUGGAGGACGACGAUGCAUUUAUAUUUAGAUACAGAGAACAAAGAAUCGAGGAGAUUUCGCGCCACUUAAAGGAGGUUAAGAAGAAUGCUUCAGAAGGGGAAUACGGAUAUGUGCAUACUGUGGAAUCUGAAAGUGAACUCAUGCAGAUGACUUCCAAACUCAACAGGGUUGUUAUUCAUUUCUUUCUGGAAACAUUCCGAAGGUGUUCUGUAAUGGACGACAAGUUGCGUGAACUGGCUGCAAAACAUAUGACAACCAAGUUUCUGCGUAUAAGUGUGGAUAAAUGCCCCUUCUUGGUCCAGAAGCUAAACAUCAAGAUCUUGCCUUGCGUUUUAUCCUACGUUAACGCCAUAGAGCGCGACCGUAUAAUUGGUUUUCAGCAAUUAGGCAACCAACCAGACAAUUUCCCUUUAUACACUCUUGAAGAACGACUCAAGAAGUAUGAUGUAAUUCCGUCAAUAUCCGAAACGAACUACAAGAAUGCUACCAGAGGUGAUGUUAAUGGCCUUCGCUCUGAUAGUCACCAUUAUCGUGAUGAGCCAGACAGCGAUCUAGACUUGUGA